CGACGAUCGCUGGCCAGCAGAUCCCCCCCCCAUAAAUACCCCGAACGAUCCCGCCAACCAUCCACAGCCACCUCCAGCUCUGUCCACCAGCCCUCGCAAACCGACGCCCGUGCCUGUCCUGGAAAAUGAAGUUCUCUGCCACCGUUGUUGUCGCCGGUCUGACCAUGGCCGCUAGCGCUAUGGCUUGCGGCUACCCUACCAAGGCUGCCUGCCAGCAGAACUGCUACAACCAGCUCAUCUGCAACAGCCCCAAUGUCAACCCCAACUUCUGCCAGACCUGCCUCAACGCCUGCAACGACUGCCCCAACAGCGCCCCUCCCCCGAGCAACGCCCAGCUCCGCGCCGCCUGCAUUGCCAACUGCCAGUCCCAGGGCAUCUGCAACAGCUCCAACGUUAACCCCAGCUUCUGCCAGACCUGCAUCAACGCCUGCAAUGCCUCCUACCCUUAAGCGUGUCCAGGCCGAAGGCGGUCGCUCUCUAUGAAUACACAAUCGGCUCUACACUAGACUUUUGGCUCUUUGGACCCCAUGGACUGCCACGGACGCGGCAAGCCACCAGAGUCGCUGGGCUGUGAUAUAUAUUGAAAAUAACGCCCAUAUGGCUGGAUAGUGAAAAUAAACUUGGCCCAGAUGCAUAGCAUCAGGGCUUGACUUUGGCCAUUGUGCCUCCAAAGCAGU